ACUAUAUCUCUUCCCCCCUUCCCUUCCCGUUCCUUCUGCGCUCUCCCACCACAGCUCAAUCAAAGCCCUCAUCGCCUCUACCUCUCUUUCUCUCUCUCUCUCUCUCUCUCUCUCUCUAGCGAUCGCGGAACUAACGGACGAAGAUGUCGUGGCAACAGUACGUGGACGAGCACUUGAUGUGCGAGAUCGACGGCAACCACCUCACCUCCGCCGCCAUCGUCGGCCACGACGGCAGCGUCUGGGCCCAGAGCUCCAACUUCCCCCAGUUUAAGCCCGAAGAGAUAGCUGCAAUGAUGCGUGAUUUUGAUGAGCCUGGGACGCUUGCACCAACUGGAUUGUACCUUGGUGGCACAAAGUACAUGGUGAUCCAAGGCGAACCUGGUGCUGUUAUCCGUGGCAAGAAGGGCCCUGGAGGUGUUACAGUCAAGAAGACAACUAUGGCUUUAAUCAUUGGCAUAUAUGAUGAGCCUAUGAGUCCUGGUCAAUGCAACAUGAUUGUCGAGAGGCUCGGAGACUAUCUAGUCGAACAGAGUUUUUAGGCAUGUCAGCAAAUGCAUUAUGGGAUUUUUUAUUUUUUUUUGGGUUCUUCCCUUUUUUCAAUUGGAAAAGUCGUGGUGUCUUCCCCUUUCUUUCUGGAAUAUACUGGGCUUGAGUGUGUCUACAUGGGGUUGGAGUUGUUGCAGUUGACGCAGUUUCUUGUUUGGGGACCUGGGAACCUCUGAGUACAAGAAGGUGCUUUGUUGUCCGAGUGGUGAUAUUUAUGGUUCUCUCUGUUGUAUGAAAGCCUUUUGUCUUUAA